AUGUCCACUCCUCACGCCAAGCGGCGUGCAUGUGAGCGGUGCUGGAAGCGAAAGCAGAAGUGCGACCGACAGAAUCCGACCURUCAAUUGUGCAGAGAGGCGGCGGUCGAAUGCCGGGAUCGCACAAUUUCCGCUGGAAGUGACGACGACGAUGCGGCUUUCGUGGGUGAGAGCUACAUUCAAACACUGAAGAGAAAGAUUGAUCACCUGGAUGGCCGUCGUCGUGACAAACGCCCACGCACGGCCGUCGAGACGCCCAUUCCGGACGAACCAGAAUCAUCAGCCGGAGCUUCUGUUGCUUCUGUGCACAAUGCCCUCGCCGACUUGGGUCACUUUGGCGUGAACACGACCCCGAGAGACCCUGACACUGCGGACUGGAGGCCAAAGCCGUUCUCCGCUUGGUCGUUGGCUCAUACCGUAGUGCAAUGGUCGUACACAGGUUCCGUGGGACAAGACGCUGCCAUCAAUGGGUCACUCACUGCAGACCAGCAAUCUUCGCUAUCGUCGGAAGCUACACUGCCCCUGAUGAAGAAGUACAUCGAUUCCGUGCUCUGUAUGUUCCCCUUUAUCGAUACCAGAGAUCUCAUCCUCCAUCAUGACCGGUUUGUGCAGUCUCCCAUGGCCUGCACAGAUCCUCAUGGAGCUCUGUUAACCUCCCUAGUCUUGGCCACUGCUUGUACGAGGCAUCGAAGAGCGACGCACGUGGAGCUGAUGACGCGCUCUGUUAUAUCCAAGCUGUGUGCGAGCAUGUCCGAACGUCAUCCUGUGGCUUCCAUGCAGUGUCUGGUGGCAGCAGCAUUGUAUGCCUUUCACGGUACUACCAUUGAAUCGGCUUCGUAUCUCGUCCGUUUAGCUUUAUCAAAGGCGAUAGCCUUGGGAUUUCACCGUUCGCAAACGCAGGAUUCAGAGGAUAAAUGGCGGAUCAUUGCCGUGCUCUACGUCCUCGAUCGGUCCAUUGGCUUUGCAGUCGGUCAACCUCCUGCGUUGGAUGAUUGCGACAUUGCUCCUGAUAGGUUCGAACAAGGUCAGAUGUCGGCAAAUUGUCUGCUUCUAUAUGAGGCUAUGCAUCACUGCCGCUUGUUGAACAUGUUGAGACACAGUGGAAAACGAUCUCCCAUGUACUUCGCCACCACGUAUCGUACCUGGGUCGAGACGACUAGCCUGGCUCAGAACGUCUGUUACCGAGAAACUUUCAUCCGACUGCGAUGUCGUCUUCUCGUGGCGGCCCACCAUACAAUGACACCAGACUCGCAGAUCCCAGCCCAGGAUUCAAAUGAGACYCACGAAAUGUUGGAGACAUUCCACGAGUGGCUACAAUGCCUGGAAGCUCGUCAAGAUCUGGAAGAUGCGUUCUGGAGUGUACUGGACCCAUAUGAGAUUGCCUCAGUCGGCAUCGUAACCGCAUGCGUGCAUCUCAAGCAGAUGUACACCAACAUUACGGCUGACCAGAUUARUCACAAGAUCCAGUUACUCGCCAUUUCGCUCUUGAGCUUCUUGUCGGGGCACUUUUCCGCUGCAGCGCCAAUGCGGAAAAUACUAGCCGCCAUCUUCAACAAGCAGAGUGUAUCCAGCGAUGGGAACCUACCCCGCAAGCUACGCGAGAUGCUACACACGUACUCAGCAGCGAUCUCCUAG